AUGACUUCAUCCAACGAGAAUCAUCGCCAAUUAUCAGUGGUUAGAGGUACUACCUUUGAGAAUGUGCUCCAUAAGGGAUCUCGUGACACUGUUGGCAUGUCGGCAAUGAUGAAGAAGAACUACGAUGCCCAACAGGCCGCUUCCGACGAAUACUUCAAACAUUGGACUAGCAAGACGGCUGAAAGUGAGACUGAGGAAACCCGAGAAACAAGACAAGCGGGUUAUGAAUCGUUGACCAGGCAAUACUACAACCUCGCUACGGACUUUUACGAAUACGGCUUCGGACAGAGCUUCCACUUUUCUCGUGCGGGAAUCGGAGAGUCGUUCCAACAAACACUUGCGAGACACGAACACUACUUGGCGCGUAUAAUAAACAUCACGGAUGGCAUGAAAGUACUCGACGUCGGCUGUGGCGUCGGUGGCCCAGCACGACAGAUUGCAAAGUUCACAGGCGCCAAGGUCGUUGGACUUAACCUUAACGAAUACCAGAUUGAGAGGGCGAGGAGAUACACUUCAGAACAUGGCAUGGACGACCAGGUCCAGUUUGUUCAAGGAGAUUUCAUGAACAUACCGUUCGAUGAUGAUACAUUCGAUGCGGUGUACGCGAUCGAAGCGACCGUUCAUGCCCCAUCCCUCGAAGCGGUUUAUUCUGAAAUUUUCCGCGUUCUUAAACCCGGCGGCACAUUUGGGGUGUACGAAUGGGUUAUGACCGAAAGGUACGACGAUGAUGACCCUAAGCAUCGCAAGAUCCGCCUCGACAUCGAGAAAGGCGAUGGUAUCGCAAACAUGGUAAAGGCGUCUGAAGCCGUGCGCGCCAUCGAGGCGGCCGGUUUUGAGAUGCUCGCCCACGAGGAUCUCGCGGACCGCCCAGACCCGAGUCCUUGGUAUUGGCCACUCGAUUCCGGAAGUUGGCGCCAUGUGCAGACAUUCGGCGACCUGUUUUAUACUUUCCGGAUGACAUAUAUUGGAAGGUCGCUCACGCAUCUUGUUUUGAGUGCCCUAGAGGCAACUCGACUUGCGCCUCCGGGUGUUGUCAAAAUGUCGGAGAACUUGUGCGAAGCCGCCGACGCGUUAGUAUUGGGCGGCAAGGAAAGGAUCUUCACUCCAAUGUAUCUGAUGGUCGGUCGCAAGCCCGUAAAAGAUGCAAGAUAG